CCCGUGGCAUGGUUUGCAUGUUAGGAAGAAGACAAAACCAGAUCUCCACCUUCACUCGCCAGUUCCUCAUAACAAAACCUAGCUUAGCAGAACCGAACAGACUCCAGCAGCCUAGUCUGCUGAAAUCUAAGCAACAUUCCACCCACCACCAACCUUCCUUCACACCGCCACCAUGGAUCCCACUUCCCAAGCAUCCAAAUCCCACCACCCCACCAACAUCAUUAACAGAGAUCCUCCUCCAACUAAACCCUGUGGCGGCAGUAGCAGGAGUUCAUCUUUCAUGUCUAAUUACUUGUCUCCCAGACUCCUAAACCCAUCUCACCACCACCACCACCCCCGCUCCAGCGACAAAAUGACCGCUUCCGCUGAUUUCGAAGCUUCUUCCUUGUUCCCUGCUGCUAAGGCCAAGUACUACUCCCAGCAGAGGAGGCAGAGUGAUGGCAGGGACGAGAAAGAGACCCUGAAGAGGGUCGUUGGAAAGCACAAAUCUUUACCCGAGGGGAAGAUCAAGAAGCAGGAUUUGGAUGUUGGUUUGGUGUUGGUGGAGGAGGAGAAGAAGAAGAAAGUUUUGGUUUUGAGUGAGAAGACCAAGAAGAAGAACAGUAGCAGCAAGAGGGACGAUGUUGAAGAUUAUGAGUUUGGGAAGAAGGAAUUGAGAAAGGAAAUGGAUCUUUUGUUGCUUGAAGGGGUUGAUGAUGUUAAGAGAAGGAGAUCCAUGAGUGAUUCGCGAGUGGAGUUGGGUGAUUCCUUAGCAAGCAAAAAUGCUAAUAUUGUCUCGGUUGAUAUGCCCCCAUUUAUGCAGAUCCAUGCCAUUGAUUGUGCCAGGAAGACUUGUGAUAGUCUCGAGAAGUUCGUUGCCAAGACCCUCGCUCUCACUCUCAAGAAGGAGUUUGAUAGUGUUUAUGGUCCGGCAUGGCAUUGCAUUGUAGGGACAAGUUUUGGGUCCUUCGUGACCCAUUCAGUUGGUGGGUUUCUCUAUUUCUCAAUGGACUCCAAAUUCUAUGUCCUCUUGUUUAAGACUACAGUCCAGAGAGCAGCAGUUUCAGUUGAAUAAUUGGGAUUACAGGACGAACCCAUUGAAAUAGAACCACAAACUCUUUCAUUCCUCUCUGUCAUAGAUUAGAUCAGUUUUGUGGAGCUGAAAGAGCUGGUGCAGAAGCUAAAAAGAACUGCUGUCUCUUCUACAUAUCUGUAUUUUGAGGAUUAAUUUUUUUUUUCUCUUUGGCUGUAGAAACUAGGAAAGCACCAAAGCAAAUGUGUGAAUAUGAUAUGGAAAGUUUUCACCUUUUCCACCCUUUGUUUCAAGGACCCCAUUCCUUCUUUUACCACAAAGUUCUCCUAACUUACUGAGUAGUUUCACUGGUCAAAAUUGCUGCUGCUUUCUCUCCCUGGCCACUUAGUUUCUGAAUUCCAUAGCAUUACAACCUGUUCUAGUUUUAAUGUUUGUGAUGAAUAGAUAGAUAGAUUACUAUAAUCAUAAGAACAGAAGCUGUGACUCAAACUAGUGUAGAUGGAUCUACAGAUGAACUUAGAACACCAUAUCUUACAAAAACUCCACUUUGUGUUAUAACCUUCUCAUUUGCACCUUCCCCUUUCCAGUCUCCAUACAUAUCCCAUUUUGUCUGUGGUGUGUGGGGUUAUCUUGGGAUUCCAGGACCACUCCACCCUUAAGAGGGAAAUGAGACAAAAAGGGGAAGAAAGUCUUUGUUACCCAGAGAGUGCAAUUCUGUGUGGGUAGUUUCAGGAAUCUGGUCCUAGAAACCUACAAACAGAGAAUUGGCCUGGACUGGAAGUUGUGCACUAUGUGGACUGUAGUUGGGACCAAACCUAUGAACAGAAGUCUCAAUCAAUGAUGUUGAUGAUG